CAAAGGGUGAAAACCCCUUUUUUGAUGAUUGUGUAGGAACCCAAGGCAAAAACCUGCAGCUAGAAAGCUCAAGAAAUGCUGCUGGCAGCCGCAGUGCAGAGGAGCUUCAGAACAGAUAUCCUACAGCCCACUGCAAGAAAACAGUCUUCAUCACUGUCAAAAAAGAGCUCUCAUCACUUGAAGCAACAAUGCAAGACGAGAGAACAUUACAAAACGUGGGCCCGGGUGUAAAGCCUUCACAGCAAAACACUGCCGAGACAUCACAUUCCAAACGGACUAACGUUCCAGUUAUAUCAAAAGAGCCAGUGCCAUCAGAGGGAUCCAGUUGUGAAGCUGAUAACCCCAUCGUGCUAGAACAGUUCGACCAAGUUCCCGCUGCCUUCCCAGUGGACAGACAGAGCGAUUUCCCCUUUUUGAAGCUAGAAGACGAGCAAGCAUCGAUGGAUGCCACCAUUGGAUACCUGACUGACGGGCUGCAACAAACAGUAUUCCCAAACGACUGUGGCGGUGCUCCUGCUGCAAGCAGCAGUGUUGUCCAUGGUACUGACCAGGAAAGGGGACCAUUAAUGCUCCCCAGAUGGACAGUCACCAGCAACGCUGUGGCACCUGACGGCACCGGUCCAUCACAGGAAAGUUGGUCUGUAGCUGACCAACAUCCCACUGAACGCACUGGGAGGGCUGGGCUCUCUGCACGCGCAUCCGGAACGUGGCGUCCACAACAGCAGCAUUCAUUGUCCUUAAACACACGCUCGUCAAACCGGACACUGUUCCGCUGCCCCACUUGCCGCAAGACAUUCAACCGGAAAACCAACUUGAUGGCACACAUCCGAGUACACACGGGAGAAAAGCCUUUUCAGUGUCCCUACUGCACUCGUAGCUUCUCAGACAGGAGCAACGCCAGGAGGCAUAUGCUGACGCAUGUAAGCCAGGCUCAGUGAUGUAGCAGACGACACAGUGCCAGCUGGGCAGACAGUCAAUGAAGGUCGUGGUAACUGCAUGCUUCGAGGCUUGUGCCAAGAACCUGGUGAGACUGGGUUCGCCCACUGCGUCGCCAAACUCUCGUUUCUGCGAUCUUGUGAGAGCCCAUCAUUGCAGAUCAGUGUUCCAUCAUCUCCUCAAAACAUGACCGUCUUGUAGUGCACACCAUAUGGUUCCUUCAUGGCAUACGCCUACAGUUUGUUUAUGGCUUCUAGCAAAAGAGUGGACAGUGUCCAGGAAGCAGGAGCAUAUCUCCGUGUAUUGGUUCUACAGUGGCUCGGCUCCCAUACAGGAAGUCUUAGCCUUGCAGCUGUUGUGCAGCACACAUAGCAUUGCUGUGGUAGGAGUGAUAUUUCAACCGUCUGGUGCUGUUGGAGGAGUGUACCAUCUGGUUCCUCAAGGCAGGUGUUUUCUUGCAGUUGUGCAUGGUGCAGUUUAUCAAUGAUCGCAACAGUUUCUGUAAUCAGCACCAGGAAUACUUCAGUCGAAAAACUUGCUUCUAGCACACUCAAGUAACAUCGAAACAGGUUUAUUCGUUCAUGUGAGAGCCUUGCACCUCGGCAUCUGCUUGGGUUGUUUGAUGGCUUGUCCAACGAUGAACGCGUAGACAGGACGUUGCCAUGACACCCGAGCUAUGAUGCUUCAAUGUAGACAGGGAGUCUAUCAAUGAUUCUAGGUGAAGUUUCAAUAAAGACAACUGCAAAGUUAA